UUGUAUGGUCAAACAAAAACCUGAUAAAGUGUUGUCAUGGUUGCCACCUUGGAGGGAACUCCAUGGUGGGGUCUGACAUCUACUUGAAGGCUACUACUGCAUAUUAAAUUCUUAUACUUGAUAUCUUAGAACUAGUCUCCUUCCAAUCUCAGUAGAAGGGAAAAAACCAUUCUGAUUUUUGACACAUUGCUUUUUGAACAGUAAAAUUUGACGAUGAAUUGGUAUAUAACUGUCUCAGGGUGCUGAACUCUUCAAACACACGGGAUUUCCUCCAUUCAAUUCGAAGUAACAAUGAAGGCUUACAACAGCAGAAAGAAAAAGAAUUCAUGGCCAAAGUUGGUGGCUAAAAAAUGGUUGAACAUUAAGACCAAAGCAGAUGAGUUCCAUGCAGAUGAGAUUUUUGAAGAUCGUUUGAUUGAAAGACGGAGGAGCCUGUCAGAUAAGGACUCCUUGCUUUCAAGAAGAGGCUUAGCAGGCAAUAUGUCGAACAAAACUGAAUCUCUGAGGCAAGCAAGUGUUGAACCAGACAUAGCCCAAGUCACAGAUGUUCAAAAUCUAAGGGUAUUUGUAGGAACAUGGAAUGUAGGGGGUAAAGCUCCUUACAAUGGCCUCAAGUUGGAUGACUGGUUACAUGCAUCGCCUCCUGCAGAUAUAUAUGUUCUGGGGUUCCAGGAAAUUGUGCCUUUAAAUGCAGGGAAUGUCCUAGGCGCAGAGGACAAUGGUCCUGCAGAGAAAUGGCUCUCCCUUGUUCGGCAAACACUUUACAACAACAGAAACCACUGUCCCAGUCCAUCACCUUCCAGCCGGCAUGGGUCAAGAGAGGCAUCAGAAGCAGUUAACAGCUUUGAUUCUAAUUUUGAAGGUUCUAAACUUCAUAUCAACGCUGUUCCUUCACAGAGAGAAUCGUUUGAGGCCUCGAACUUACUUUCCAAAAGGAUUGGUGAAGCAAAAACUUCUCCAUUAAAACUGAAGCGAAAGAUCACCCUAGCUGAACAUCUCUCCUUGGGAAGACUAAUUGACAGGGCAGAUUCCAGUAGUUCUUCUCGAUCAAUUUCAUCAGAGGAUGAAAGUGGUUUGAGUGGGUCAGAUUCACCCCGCAGUGUUUUCCAUUCUCCAAUGUCUUGCAGUCCCCUGUCAAAUAGAUGCAAUUCAGGUGAAAUGAAUUACAGAUUGAGUUCAAGUCAGCCAAGUUAUUUUUUGGCAGCUAGCAAGCAGAUGGUUGGCAUAUUCCUCUGUGUGUGGGUGCGUAGUGAUCUGAGACAGCAUGUCCGAGAUUUAAAAGUCUCCUGUGUUGGCCGUGGGCUAAUGGGCUAUCUUGGAAACAAGGGUUCUAUUUCAAUCAGCAUGUUAUUUGAUCAGGCAAGCUUUUGCUUUGUCUGCACUCAUUUGACAUCAGGACAGAAGGGAGGUGAUGAGAUGAGGAGGAAUUCCGAUGUCAUAGAGAUCAUAAAAAGGACACGAUUUCCACAAGCCCGUGAUUCUUUGGUAAAGAAAUCACCUGAAAGCAUUUUGGAGCACGAUCGAGUAAUAUGGCUUGGGGAUUUGAAUUAUCGCCUUUCACUUCGCUAUGCUGAAACUAAAAGACUAAUGGAAAUGAGUGAUUGGGAGUCUCUGUUGGAGAAAGAUCAACUUUGCAGAGAGAAGAAAGCAGGGCGUAUAUUCACAGGAUGGAAUGAAGGGAAAAUAUAUUUCCCUCCAACUUACAAGUAUUGCAGAAACUCAGACCGCUAUACAGGAGAUACUCUCAGAUCAAGAUCAAAGAAACGCACACCAGCUUGGUGUGAUCGUAUACUAUGGUAUGGUAAAGGCCUAAAUCAACUCUCUUAUGUUCGAGGGGAAUCAAAGUUCUCUGAUCAUCGACCUGUUUAUUCAGUUUUUAUAGCAGAGGUGGAAACACUCAAUAGAAGCAAAUUGAAACAAGCUUUGAUGAGCACAGGCACAAGAAUCCAAGUGGAAAAGCUUCUAACUCGAACUAAUAGUUGUCAUUAAGUUUUCAAAUCUUUGAUACAUCAGAUUCAGGUGAUUUUCAAUGGACAAUAAGAGGAUAGUUCCAUUUGGUUUCAAUAAUGACUACUUCAUACAGAGGAUGUGGGAUGUAAAUUUUGUAAAGAAAGUCAGAUACAAUGUUCUUCAUUGUUCCAAAAUAAAGCGAAUGUGCAGAACUAAACAUCUAUGCAGGGCUAACACAUGGAGGUGAUAAGGAUUUUGAUAUGAAUGUCUUGGGCUUGAUAGACAGUAAAAGAGCAUCUAUGGGCAAUGAUCAACUCAUGACCCAGGUUUAAGAUGAGGUGCAGAGUUCAAGGAUGCAUGCUUAGAUGUUUCAGAUGCCAAGUGCCACAAUCUUAGAACCAUGCUUAGAUGAUGUUUCAGAUUUAAUUUGAGCUAGACAGCCAGCAGGGCAAUGCAGCAACUGUCAAUCUCAAUCGCAUACUUUUGUGUGUGGUUCUAUGAAGUCAAUACUCAGUUACCCUUGAGGAGAUUAAGGGCUGAAGAUGACCAAUCUGGUCUUUUAGUCUACAAUUUUUCCAACUUGUCCUAAAAAGAAAGGAAAAAGCAUUUUAAUUCAUUCAUUUUUUCUCUCUCAAAAGUUGUAAAUCUUCUUCUGUAACAUUGGACUUCCAGUGUCCAUUAUAAUAUAAAGAUUUGAUCGGA